AUGGGGAUUAAUUUUUUAAAAUUUAUUUUCCUUCUUUACUUACCAAUUUCGAUGGGACUGCAAAUCGGGGACGUUGAAGAAGCAGCGAUUGACUUGAUAGAUAAUUUUGAAAAGCUUGUGACCUUCCAGAGCAAUGACUCGAAAAUUUUAGAAGCGCAUUCCUUGAAAAUAUUGAAAAAUGUUAGUAACAUACUAGAAAAAUUAAAAUCUACUAACCGGUAUCUUCGGGAGCGCAACCCGAGGGUAGAUAAUUAUUUCGAGCAAAAUAUUACGGAAUUAUUUUGGGAGGACUAUUGGAAAGACUACAAUUUGUUUUACAAAAGACUGGAUAAUGUAACUGAACAUUUUGAUACAAAGGUUAAAAAUUAUUUUGUUAAUUAUAAAAAUAUAUCGGGAAAAAUUAUUGAUGAAUUCUUUUAUAAUACCCGCGGAGAGUUGACUGAUGAUUGGAGAGACGUACAAAUACACCAGGUUCUUAAAAUUGCUAACAGCGUUUUAGAUAAAAUAUUAUCUGACAAUACUUUUUUUAUUUUGUUAUUAAUUGAUCAGAUAAUAUUUAUGACAUUGAAUUACGUUUGUGGAAAUUUCAGGGAUAUUUUAAUAGGAGUUUAUAAAUCGUUUGCUUCUUUUAUUGGAGCGUGUGAAAUUGGAAGAAUAAAACAUUUAAAAUGCCCUUAUUGGAUGACCGGAGUAGACUUAUUGAAUGAAUUAAGGGCGAGUGUGAUAAAAGUAAUGAAAACAGGUCAUGACUAUUUAAUAAUUAACAAAAAUGAAUAUCUAACAAUGUGGGAUGAAUUUGAUUACAAACUGAACAAAUGGAUGUACAUGAACUGCGACGCGUUGGAGUGGUCGGAAGAAAGAAAUUACAUCCGCGUGAAGAACUACGUGGCGUACUAUGAGCAGAGGACCAAGUGGUACUUUGACCCGAACGCGGAUUACCUGGACACUAAAGAGUCGGAGUAUGAGUGCGACGGAAUAAGGGCGAACUUCAAUCCUUUGGAUCUGCCCCAGGGGAUAGAGUACAGCAUGUACUGUCCGAUUGUUUUCCUGGAGAAUUUUGACAGUGAAGAUACAAGUUGCCGGAAGUAUGGGUGGAACAAUGUCAGAGGAUACAAGAAGGAAAAUUGGACUUCUGCGUGCAUUCUGGGUGACCACAGCGAGCUGUUGAAGUUGUGUGCUUGUGAUAAACAAGUUGACAAUGACAUCAGCGUUCGUCUGCUGAGUUUGAGAGAGUAUUACACCAACAGCUCGGACAAUCGAGUCGUCACGGGGAUCAGGUUUGCCGUUGAGAAGAAUGUGAUAACGUUGCAAAUCCAAGAAGGACAUCUGGUCAAUGGAGAGAUUGAUCCAAGCUCCGUUAAAUGGAGAACUGACGGUGGUCAUCCUGCAGAUGGACCGACUCAGACUGUUCAGCUUAGUUACAAGAUUCGCGGGUUCAAUUUAGACGACAUUAAUAUGCCCGAUGGACAAUUCGUCACAGGAGUUAAGUUUGUCGUGACGAAAGAUGAUCGAAUAUCAAUAGCAGUUCGAGGAUCGGUGAUGUACAACAGUGAAGGUAGCUUCUAUUCAUCGUCUGUUGGAGACCGUUGGUUUUAUCCUUCCAAGAUAAAUUCCACUGAUAGAAUGAAUAUCGACAUAAGUUCAAGAAAGAAUCCUCGAGAUUCCGAGCUGACCUACGAAUUGAGCAAGACAGGCCAGCACUAUGUAAAUUUAACGAUAUCUUUGUACUCUGAGAAAAGUCACAACGCAGCAAUAGUUCCUUUCUUAGACUCUCGCCCUGUAAUAACUCUACCACCAGCUCCAAUCAGUGGUCUGGGAUUUUUCUACAAAGGCACACCCGAUUACGCUGGAUUUUUGUCAUUUAAGUACAUUACUUCCCGGUUCAAACGUUUUUCUCAAUUGCCAGUAAUUUCUAUUCUCUCUAAUCGUACGCUCAAUUAA